AUGUUUAGGAUAGCGCUUAGGAGUGGCUGUGAGGCCCAAUUUGGCUCAAGGCUUUUUGUUCGCACAGUUUCAACCAAAGCCUCGAAAGAUGAUCCAUUAAGCAUUCUUUCAAGCAUUACUGGUAAAACAAAGUUUGAGCAUAUAACGAAUGAUUCGCACUCUCUUUUCUCAUUUCUAGAUGAUUCGAAAACAAAGCAAAAAGCAUCUCUGAGAGCUCGUGAUUUUGCAAGAGCAAUGCCUCUACCGGCAAAAAUUUCGGGUAGAACAACUCUUAUUAGGAAAUCGUCCAACUUUAAUAAGAGCAUAUCUAUGUUUGAUAGGCUAGUGAGGGCCAACAACAUUCGAGAUCUCUGGUACGAUCAGAUGUUUUACAUAAAGCCGAACAAAAGGAGACUCAACAAGAGGAUCAAGAACAAAAAGAAGAGAUUCGAUGCUGGAAUAUCGAAUUUGUUGUCGAUUGUCAAGGAUGCUGUUAGGAAAGGUUAUUAA